UCCUACUCCAUCUCCAGUCUGGCUGCUCCCCCUCCCUCUCCUCCCUCUUUCCUAUCCUUCACUCCCACCUCCUCUACGUCCCUUUACUAGACUCAAAUGCUAGUAACACCGGUAGGUUAGCUGUUGUCGGUCUGUCAGCCAAACAUACGAGGUCAACACACUCUGAUUUUCAAGCACAGCCGCUCCACAGGGACAACGGAAACGGGCUGUUUGCGAUAUUAUUUAAAUUUUGUGAGCAGCAUCUACAAACAGUCGAGCGGACAAAGAAUAAUCCCACUUGGACACUAACACAUCUGCAACAGACAAUAAAAGACAAGCACAGCAACCAAGUGACGGCUAACAGACAGAUUAACAGACUGACUAUCCCGGGUUUGAGAUAAAUGGCUGACAAGCAGAUCAGUUUGCCUGCCAAAUUGAUCAAUGGGGGGAUCGCUGGCCUAAUUGGAGUGACCUGUGUGUUUCCCAUUGACUUGGCUAAGACCCGCUUGCAAAACCAGCAAAAUGGAAGUCGCCUUUACACCAGCAUGUCAGAUUGCCUUAUUAAGACCAUCCGGUCAGAGGGGUAUUUUGGGAUGUACCGAGGAGCGGCGGUGAACUUAACACUAGUCACGCCAGAGAAAGCCAUUAAAUUGGCUGCCAACGACUUCUUCAGGCAUCACCUCUCCAAAGAUGGAAAGCUCACUCUGUUUAAAGAGAUGCUGGCUGGGUGCGGGGCAGGUACAUGCCAGGUUAUUGUCACAACUCCUAUGGAGAUGUUGAAAAUCCAGCUCCAAGAUGCUGGACGAAUCGCGGCUCAGAGGAAACUGAUGCCAGAGACGGUAGCAGCAGGCAGUGUGGAAACUAAGUCCCCAACUGCCAUGCAGCUGACCAGACAGCUGCUAAGGGAAAAGGGUAUUGCUGGGCUAUAUAAAGGCCUUGGUGCCACAUUGCUCAGGGAUGUUCCCUUCUCUAUUAUCUAUUUCCCCCUUUUUGCCAACCUGAAUAAUUUCGGCAAAAGAGGCAUCGAAGGACCAGCUCCAUUCUACGUGUCAUUUAUAUCUGGCUGCCUUGCAGGGAGCACAGCUGCUGUUGCUGUCAACCCUGUUGAUGUGAUAAAGACUAGACUGCAGUCUCUGAAUCGAGGGAGUACAGAAGACACGUACAGUGGGGUGACUGACUGUAUCAGCAAAAUUAUGCGUAAUGAGGGUCCAGCAGCCUUCCUGAAGGGCGCCUACUGUCGAGCCUUGGUGAUUGCACCUCUUUUUGGCAUUGCCCAGGUGGUCUACUUCCUGGGUGUGGGUGAAUUUCUCCUCAGCUUCUUGCCUAAAAAAGACAACUAAGAAGCAACUCCUUUCUGCCUUCCCCUUCCAUAAUGCAUUACAUCAAUUGCGUGAGGAUUCAUCUCAUUCUCAAAGAAGUUUUUUGAUCAUAUUUGGGUCAAAGCACGACCAAUCAGUACAUUUUUGUUUUAAUUUGUUGUGUUGAAUGUUGAAGUAGUCUAAGAGGGAGCCUUUGUUUGCCAAGCUGCCUGUGGUGGCACACAAAAUUCCAGUUGGCAGGCACAGCUAGCUGUCUGGAAAUUAAGCCACAAAUAUCAGUUCUAAAGGAAUUUUGCUUCAUAAUUUCGACAUGUUAUUGCAGUUUUGAGUAUGAUUGUUAAAUGAUCACAGAAGAUGUACUGCCCUUGGUUGCUGCAGUUCUGCAAGCUAUACAGUACCUAUUUUUUUCAAAGAGCAUUAGCUCCUGAAUUAUAUUACCAUGUAUUAAAUGUACACACUGUAAGUAAAAAGAACAUUAGGUUUGGUAGAAUAUCUACUCAAAUCUUAUUUAAUGGAUUUUCCCAACCUUAUGUCUUAAACGUUUUAGAAAUAGAGGUAAAUACAUGAAUUUGAUUGAGGAAAAGAAGCGGGAAUGUGUAAUGUUAUACCAGCACAUCCCCCUAUGAUUUCCUUAGAAGCCACAUCCCUUCCUGUAAGUGGUUGUAAUGAACCCAGCCAUUCAGCGCCAAGCACACUUUGAUUGCCUUGGCUUUUUAAGUAGAUCAGGUUCCAUCUGAUAUUUAGUGCUACCACAAUGGUUCGACUGUUUUGCCUCCCUAAAAGAUUAAAUCUGUUCUGUCAUCAGACUGAAGACACAGUGGACAGCGUUUGGGCAUUAUGCAUUUCCGAACUUUCGUAUACACGGCAGAUCCAUUAAAUCACACAGAUAAAGUAACACAACACCACGAACAAAAUAUUUUCCACUUUGUUGCUUACUACAGGUUGACACCGUCAACCAUGUACGUUUGGCCACACCCAAUCACUGAUGUUACACCAGGUUUUUUUUUCUUUGAUGGAUGAUGGAAAACACCUGCUGUGACAGCGCUGAUUGAAUUGUGGCCAGAGGAAAGUACGCUUGAAAGUCAAAGAGCAAUGCACUAUCAGUUUUCUUUCUGUGUGAUUCACAUGAAAGCAUCACUUGCCAUUUCUAAUUACAAUUAGAAUGCUAGGUUAAGAGUAGAUAUUUGGUGACUAACAGAUGUUGAGAUGUCACCUACUGAGGCCUCAAAUGUACAGUCAUCCAUUGUGGAGCCAUAGUUCAUAGUCCAUAGUUUAGUUGUACAUUUCCUUUAGAAUCCAGGCACAGUUAUUAUUGUUUACAGUUUAUACUCAAUUUAGAUUCAUAAAACUUGUCAGAACUUGAAUUCUGUGGCAGGACCCAAAGAGCUAAAGAAAACCUUUUCUUUAUCAGAAAAUUGAACCAAUGUGUUGUGAGUGUUUUAUGAUUUUACCAAACAUCUCGGCGUGUUUGCUUUAGAGGUUUUGUUUGCUUUAAGCUGCUAGGGAAAGCAGUCCUGUCGUAUCUUGUUUAUGCAUCAUGACACUGAAGCCCUGCCAUUGGUUUAUCUCAUCGGAGAUCAAGGUGACUUUGAUGUGUAUUAUCCAAUCACAUUCCUUCUUCGCUCCCACUGUUUAAGCAACUCAUCAGUUGUACUGUUGCACUGUAGAUAUGCGAUGCAACUUUUUAAUGUAUAAUCAUUUGUGGGAGUGAGGUCUAUUUAUCAAUAUUCCUUUCAGUAUAGGCAGUAUAGCACUAUAUAUUUGUAUGUGUUUUUCUGUGUCAAAGUGUCCACUUUAAGUAUAUUGUAUAUAUGCAGAUGAUAUGAACUUUAUGUUUUAGGAUUUAUUGUUUUGUACAUGAUGGCUUAUUUGCACACCUACCUCUCCAGUUCCCCCCUCAAUACAUAUUGUGGUGAUUUAAUGUUUUAAUGAUGUGGACAUAUCAAAUGAAGGAACUCGUUUUAUCAUCAUUUGAACUUAAAUGCAGCAUAUUGAUGGGUUUUUACUGUAUGCAAAGAGGAACACUAUGAUAGAUCUUAGCUGGUUGAUUGGUGGUGCCAUUUCUCAAGUUAAGGUUAAAUCCUUUGGUCAGCCUAUUGAUGAAUUUACGAGGACCAAAUAAAACAUAAUAUACUAAUGAAGAAAUUCUGUUUAGUUUCCCAGUCAUGCUGGAUAUAUGAGUGACCACUGGCACUACUCAUCCCUGAAAAUGAAAUGAAAUAUACCUGGUAAAGCCAAUAUGGACUGUAAAUUUAACAUCUGUAUUUGAAUGGUGCUUCUUUCAUGAGGUAGCUGCAAUAUUGUGACCAAGGCUAUACCGACUGAAACAUGCUAGCAAAUCUCAACACUAUGUAUGUCUUAACUGAAAGCCAUAGGUCAGGGAGGGACAACAAAACCGCUAGACAUCAACUGGCACCUCCAGCUGCUAUGACUGAUGACAACUGAGCCUCCAGAAAAUGGCAAAAGUCCCGCCUAUUCACGUGGGGUCAUCUCUAUGAAUUAAUAUUGUAGUUUUGUCAACAUUCCAAUUGCCUCAUCUCAUAUAUGCUGUCGUUGUGAUCACAAUGCCUAUUGUUUGUGUUGUUGAGAUUAUUGUUAUCAUUUUUAAUCUCCCCUUUCCUAAUUAUCAGAUUUUAUUUGUUUCAUUUUGGGUGAAUCUUGAAAAUGUUGUGCAAGUUAUUUUGGUUUACUCAGCUGUGAAUUUUCACUGACCUUGUUGUAUUUGAUUUUGUAUGUGUGUGUCUGACUGUGUAGUGCUGUAGUUGGUGUGUAGUUGUUAGUGUGGCACAGCUGUAUUUUUCUCUUUGAUUGUCAGUCCGAUGCUCUCUUUUUUCUCUUUCCUUCCAUCUGUCACAAUCCUCCACUGUCUGUACAUCCUAGUUGAGGUACAGGUGAAUGCAGAGGAUCUCUAAAACACCAAAUGACUGACUUAGAGUAUAUACAAUCAAAGAAAGCACAAAGAAUUAUUAGGCACAAGAGACCACAAGGCCCACUUUGGUUAUACUCAGAAGAAGUCCUUGGAUAUGAUGUUCGAGUCAGGUGUUAUUUUCAUCUUAGAUGUUGAGUGAGAUGAACUAUGAGUCUAUCUGUCUGUGAAAACUUGAUCCAUAGGGCUGAGACAACAGGUCAUUGUGUGAGACCCAUGUGAUGGUGUCCACUAUGUUACCCAUCUGCAGUAAUCCACAAGAUGUAUAUCGCCUACAUAUUCUAAAUGAAUAAAAUAUAAGAAUGUAACUUAGAUAUUAUAAGAUGUAUUAUAAUUAUAGUAAAGAGUUUAUUACAUUUUAAUCUAAAGAUCUGUGCUUUACACACUCACUGAAAAAUUCAUGAACCAGCUCACUGAUAUGCAAUAAGUAGGAGCCACAAGACACACAGGAGAAAAAAAACAUAUACACAGAAUUAAAAAAAUUAAAAAAACAAACAUUGAACAACACCUGUCAAUCACAAUUUUACACAAUGUAUGAAUAAUGCAACUGGGACCUUGGAGACCUAAGAGGGAUUGAGCUCUCUUAUGGCCUUUGUUCUCUUCCUCCAAGAGGAAUUGUGCAUUGUAGCACUUUACAACAAGGGCCCCCACCCUGCUGUCCAUCUACAGAGUUUCUCAAUGAAGGGUGUUAAUAAAUAUAUAUGUGGUGAGUGACACAGUUGUCCUAGGCAUUCUUUGCAAUGCAAUGGAAAAAUGAAAAAAAUAUUGUAUUCUCUGUCACAGUUUGCUGUUCAAUAAACUCACUGUCCUUA